AGGUAGGAAAUGCCAAUGUCCACGAAACGGGCCAGGUCUGGCACGAGACUGGCUUGCCAGAUCUGGGCCACCAAGCUUGGCCCGAGGCAUGGCCAGACCGGCAAAGAGCAUGGCUUGCCAGGCUUGGGUCACUAAGCUUGGCCCGUGGUAUGGCCAGACUGGCAAAGAGCACGGUUUGCCGGGCUUGGGCAACCACGCUUGACCCGAGGUAUGGCCAGACUGGUAAAGAGCAUGGCUUGCCAGGCUUGGGUCACCAAGCUUGCCCCGAGACAUGGCCAGGCAGACAAGGGGCAUGGUUUGCCAGGCUUGGGUCCCAUAUGGAACAGCAUUCCAAAAAUUGAAUUCUCAUGGGGAAUGUUUUUGCAAACUCCCCAUUGCAGACACCUAACAACCAUGAGAGGAGUUCAUGAGAUUCCAGGUGAAUUCAUUUAUUUGGGAAUCGCCUCGGGACUCAGAAAAAUAAUUUCAACUCAAAUUUAUCGAGAAAACGACAUUUCUCUUCUGGUUCAUAUUGACGGUAUGCAGGUAUACCGGAAUGCUAAGAAGGAAAUUUGGCCAAUUUCAAUAAAAAUACAGCAUCCAAAUUACACUACCAAACCCUUUGCUGCCGCGAUUUAUUGUGGGGAUGGGAAACCAUUAUCAGCCACAGAAUUCAUGACUGAUUUUGUUGAAGAGGCCAAUGAACUCCAAGAAAAUGGUUUGCGCAUUGAUGACAAGGUUUUUGAGGUGAAAAUUGUAGCAAUAGUGGCUGAUUCGCCAGCUCGAGCAUUCAUUUGCUGCCACAAAGCUCCUGGAGCCUUCUAUGCCUGUGGAAGGUGUUUCACCAAGGGCAUUACAGUAGGUUGUGGAAGACGAGGAAAACGCAUAUAUCCAGUGACCAAUGCAAAUUUACGCACUAAAGUAUCCUACGAGACGCGAGUUCAACCAGAACAUCAUUAUGAAGGUUCUGUGUCCCCGCUGCUCUCUUUGGAUAGAUUCGAUCUGACAAAACAAGUGCCAUUAGAUUUAAUGCAUUUAUUCUAUUCUGGUAAUAUGAAAUGGCUGCUGGAUAAAUGGCUAACGAGAAGUUCAGCCCAGAGGAUCAAAUUAGCUGAUGUUCGUCGGCUUGAUGGUAUUAUGAGAAUUUUAAACAGUAAGGAAUUCGUUAAGGAUUUGAGUGAAUAUGCUGGAUCUCUGCUAAAAAUUUGUUUCGAGACGUUACCUGAUGUUUAUAAUGAUGAAGGGGCUCAAGUUCUCAGUUGGCAUAGUAUCAUCCACGUUGCUAAUGAUGCCCAAUACUUUAAAAUUCCUCUGAAUGAGCUCUCAGCGUUUUGGGGAGAGAGUUACAUUGGUUUAUUUAAAAAACUCGUUCAUUCUUCGAUAAAACCACUCACACAAAUUAUCAACAGACUAACUGAGAUGGAGUCUGGAGGAACCAUGGUAAUUAAUCAGAAACACAUACUGAGUGAUUGGGUUAUCGCGAGAAAGCCUACAACGAUGAUAAUUGAUGGGGAAAUUCAUUUAACAUCAAAUAUGAUCAACAUCAAUGGUCUAACCUUGACGACAAGUCAUCCAAAUAACGUGGUACUCCUAGAUAUUGAGAAAGUUUUCGUAAUUUCACAAAUUCUCGUUAAAUCAGGAAAAUCCAAAAUUUGUGAUGAUCUUACUGGUAUAUAUAUUUUCGGACACCAGGAAAGUAGUAGGGAAGAGGCGUUUAGUUAUCCAGACUUUUCCAGUCGAGUAGGAAUAUUCUACAUUAAGUCCUGGGCAGCUGAAAUGACAUGUAAGAAGGCACACAAAAUUAAACACAAAUGUGCUUUAUUAAAUGUAACUGGACGACAAUACGCCAUAUCCCUCCUCCACUAGAAAAUAACGUAAAAAUUGUUCGCAUUGUGAAAUGCAGUUUUUUUUUGGUAAGAGGGUAUAUGAAUGAGGGUAUAUGUUUUAGUUGAACUCGUGAUUAAAAUUGUGGAAGAAACAAACAAUUUUAUGUUUUAAAUCAACAAUCGACAUGAAAAUCCGAUCAUCGAGGUCGUUAGAAAAUUUCAAUAGUGGAGUCGUUACAUGCAAGUGGGACAUAAAUCGGUUAGAUCUGGCGUCCGUGUACAUAACCUUUCAUAAUUGCUCGUAUCAUCCGUUUAUCGGGCUUUUUGUCUCAAAUUCGGAUUUCACCAACUAAGUUGACGGUAAAUUACAAGAAGUGAGAAUUUAAUGUGAAUUAAAUGUGUGUUAAGUGUUUGACAGAUAUUUGUGAUAUAAUCGUUUUGAAGGAAUAGUGGCGCUAAAAAAGAAGCAUCAGUGGGGUGAUGACAAAAAACCGUUCAAAACACAUGGAAAUAGAAACGCAAUUUUUUCUGUUAAAUAAUAAGCUAUAUGCAUCAUUCUGCAAAGUUAUCAGUUUAUAUGAAACUACUCGAAAACACCAGGUUCAAUUGUA